AUGAGUAGCAUUCAAAAUGGCCGAAUGAUGCGCUCGACAAGUGCUUCAAAACAAGACCGUCUAGCCAAAAUCAAAGAAGAGUUCCAAGAAAUCGAUAAAAACGGCGACAAGCAGCUUUCCUUUGAAGAAAUUAAUAAUUAUUUGUCGAAAAAAAGCGGAAAACCUUUUGAUCCACAAUUACUAAAAGAAAUUUUUAACACGCUUGAUAAAGACCAAAAUUCCGUCAUAAGUUUAGAUGAGUUUGUGAACGGGUAUUAUCAAGCUGAAACUUUGGUAAAAUCUCGUGUCGACGUGCUUAAACAAGAAAUUAAAGAAAAUACUCAAAAAUCAGCGGAUACCAAAAGACAGUUUAUUGAAGCUAAAGCCAAUAAAGGUGAUAAGAAGAAUAUUUUGACUGUAAAUGUGCAAAAAGCAGAAAAUUUAGGAGGCGGGAUUUUAGGAAAUAAAGCUCCAGUCGUAAAAAUUUCGUGUGAAGGACAGGAGAUCACAACAAAUCCAACGAACCCUGAUAACCCUAUUUGGGAUGAAACUUUUUCGUUUACAGUGACGAAUGGGACUGGGGAUAUUUUAAUUGAAGUUUUUGACUCAAAUAAAGGGAAAAUCACAAAUUUUCUUGGGGAAGUGUCAGUGCCGUUUGAUGCGCUGAGAGAUCAGCAAAUGCAUGAAGACAAUAUAGAACUUGUAGGGAAAAAAAUAACUGAUAGGGUUUCUGGGUCAAUCGAAAUAGGGCUUCAGUGGGUUUAUGAUUUGCCUAGCUACUUAGAAGGGAUUAUUUCACAGUUUGAUGCUGCUAUAAAUGAAGAUAAACAAGAAUUAGCUCAAAUAGAAAAAUAUUACCAAGAUUUGCAGUCACCUUUAGCAGCUUCUGUUAUAGGGUCGGACUGGAUUUUGCAGAAUCCAAAAUUCAAAAAAGCUGAAUCACCCUUCCUCAGUAAGCAAAUAAACUUUUCUAAUCGCUCACGAAAUUAAGAUUUUUAGUUCCAAAAUAAAAAAAAACUCAAUUUACGAAAGUUUGAAAGUUAAAACAGAAUUUAAUUAUAAAAUUUAUAGUUAAAACUGAAUAUUCAAAGUAGAGAUUUCAUAAUAGUGAUUAUCAAUUAUUUAUCAAAAUAAUUUUUCAAGAACUUUUUGCUUACUAACUAAGGUUGUAGUUUUUCCUAAAAAAUAAGGAUUUUACAAUUUUUUUUGCUUGCUUAGUGAGUGUUAGGAGAGUGAGCAACAAUUUUCAGAUAAAAUGGACGCUUUUUCAGAAAAAACUUUCGGUAAAAUUAAUUCAGGAAAACCUAUAGCGUGGUCUUUGGCGACACAACUAUCGAUAUAUUUACUGUUAAUUUUAAGCUGCUUAUCAAUGUAUGUGAGACCUGAUUUUCCUAACUUGACAAUAGGCGUUAUUGCAUUAAUUUAUUUUUUACAGAAAAGUGUUAGUAGCAAUUAUACCUUUUACAAUAGAAAAUAGUUAUAAUAUUUUUAAUCACGGUUAAUCUGUUUCUACUGCUAAUGAGUAUAUAAAAUUUUGGCUUUGGCCAUAUUAGCUUCUGAGAUUUAUGAUUUAAUUUGGCUUUGGACAAGCAUGAGCGUAAUUCUUAGGUAGAAAUGGGUUGAUGAAGAAGGGGUUGAAAAAAAUGUGAAAAAAAUUAUUGUUUUUGUAAGCGUGAUUAACUUCAUAGGGAAAAUUGCAAUCGGCGCCGUGUUUUGGAAAAAUUCAAUAGGAUAA